GUGGUAAUCACUAAUCAUGACACAGAGUACAUAUUUAAGAAAAAUAGUUUGAGCAAUCUGUUUUUAAACGACUAAGAAAAUAGUAAAAUAUAAUUGCAAAUAAGAUUGUUAACCUGAUGUAAUGGACCGAGGACUUUAAAUUGAAGCUCAACAAACAGUAGUCCACAAUCGAUGAUAAUACUACUAAAAUAAAAAAACGUUGAAAGAUGUUGCGAAGUCAGAGUGUGUACAAUGUCGGGCGUUUGAUAGCGAUACACUUUCACCCCGAUAGAGUCGCCCAAAGCGCGCGGGCUUCGAUCAAUGCCACAACUAGUUGCGCCAGUCGAGUCGUCAGGUUUGCUAGCGUGUCUGCGUCCUCGUCCAGUAAAAGGAAAAUGGCUGACAAAUUGAAACAGGAGGAGCGUGAAGGCCUUCUUCAACCACUUUUACAAACGGGCUGGAAGGUACAGAGCGAUAGAGAUGCUAUCGAAAAAGAAUUCAAAUUCAAAGACUUUAAUGAGGCUUUUGGUUUCAUGACUCGAGUUGCUCUGCUAGCGGAAAAAAUGGAUCAUCACCCUGAAUGGUUUAAUGUCUACAACAAAUUGCAGGUAGUAUUGUCAUCCCAUGAUGUAAAUGGUUUGAGCAAAAGAGACCUGAGGAUGGCGACAUUUAUGGAUAAAAAUUUUACAUAAUGUAAUACAUAUUCAAAUUCCUAUGUUAUUGUUAAGUUUCAUCCAUAUUUUAUAAAUGUAACCCAUUUCAGAUGCAUAACAGAAUGUUAAAAUAUUGUAUGUGAUGUAAUAAAAAA